GUUUCCGCCAAACCCCUCCCUUACUUCGUCCGCCGUGUUCGGUCCAUUUCCGUCCGUUCCGGAAGUCUUAAAAACCCCGGAAAUAUUCAAAAGUUUGAAUCGAGCGACACGAUUAACGAGGCAUUCCACUGUCUUAUCUCUAAGCUUUGAUAAGGCGCAAAUUCGGAGCUAUGGUAAAUUUGAGUUAUUUUCGUUUGAUACUAUACGCCAACGUUUGUUUGAUGUUAGCAUUGGACAUUAGACCAGAAAUUUAUAAAUACUGUAGAGAUAAGAAUAGGCUAAUCACUUCAAAAGAAAAUGAUGAGUAUCUUCUCGUAGAAGCCGAGGUUAACACAACUAUUUUACUUGAAUGUCAUUUUUGCGGGUAUAGUGAUGACAAUCAACCAAAAAUUUGGCACUUACAAGAUCUUUACCAAUCACAAUCCGUAAAGGAAGUUGAUCUUGGGAUGGAUAAUAAUAUGUCUUAUAAUAGAAUUCAUGUAACGCUUGAAUAUUCAUUAGUAAUCAAGAGUUUUCAGAUGUCGGACAAAGGCAUUUACAGAUGUCAUGGACAAGUGGGUCAAGAGGAGGAAUAUAAAUUUAAUUACAGACUCGAACCGGUAUUCAAACAAAAAGAUAUAUCCGUGGAAAAAGGAAAUAUAACGGAGUGGGAAAAAUAUCAUGAAGUCAACAUGGCUCCUGUGACCAUGCGUUUUUCUAUAUCAACCAUGUCAGAUCUGGUUGAGAUUCGUGAAGCAGGGAUCAUUUUGGAAGUAGUUUCCGAAUGGGGCCUAUGGAGUCGCUGCGAGCGUUGCAUUCGGAAAAUAGGCUUUAAAACGAGUCGCGGUUAUUGUAGAAUAAAACGCCAUAUAGAUGAUGCACUCAUGAAGGAUCGAACAUCAUCUGUAGCGAAAUUAUUCCUAAAAUCGCCUGCGCUACCUUGCAGAUCAAUACUGUUGAUGGAACAGUUUCCAGGUAUAAGUAGAGCAACAAGGUAUUUGCCUGAAUUCAUCCUAGAAGAAAAGUGUAAAAAUUGCAUUAAAGUAAAGAAAAAGAAGAAGAGCAGAUUUAAAUACAAAAAGCGAUAUGUUCUUGCCGAAGGAGCUCAUUUGGCCAUAACCUGUCCCGAGUCGAAUUUGGAAACGUUAGUUGUGUGGAGAAAGGACGCAUUACUAUUAAAAAAAGGCAUGGGUCAAUCAUUUCGCAAGAAAGAUCCAGAUCCUCGAGUUCUCGUAGACACUUUUGCGACUCUCUAUUUAGUUGGAGUCUCACAUGCUGAAGAAGGCAAUUAUACUUGUUACGUAGAUAAUGUGAAUAUGAUGCAAGUAAAAGUAAUAGUCGUGUCCAAAUCAAGACUAUUGACUCAAGCAUUUCUACGACACAUGGGUUACCUAGGAUUUAUAUUUCUACUAAGUUCAUUUUGCUACUGCGCUGGACUGGUUAUAGUUUGUAGGAACAAAGAUAAAUUUAAAGUUAAAGACUUCGAGGAAAUAGAGGCCAAAAGAAAGAAUUUACCAAAAUUUUAGGAUAGUAACUAAUUCUCGAAAUAAAAUAAUUUUAAGUAUUGUCACAUCAAUUACCUUUAUAAACUGUAAUUCUCAUUAUCACUCUAGUUCUUCUUUAAUUCAAUUAUGUAUUUAAUAAGAAACCGUCUGCAUCGGCAUUAAAAUCUGUACGAAUCAGUACUACCAUGAAUGCUUUCUCUAUGACCCAAUUAUAAGAAUCGACAUUCGAAUCGAGUUCCAGUCACUCGCCGUACGACUUCAACGAAGGUAUACAAAAUUCUUGUGGUCAAUUGUAAAAAUUUUGAAGGAGCACAAUCAUUAUCGGCCGUAUGGAUUCCAAAUAAUUUUUCCCCAGUACGUGAAGGCCUUAACACACAGUGCAAAGUGAAAGGAAUCGAGUCGCGUCCGGUUCCUGCGUUUUACACCGAUUGUGGAGCGCUUCAAAAUAGCUGAGCACUGAUCGACGUUUUGAUUAUCGUGUUGGUGUCGACUUGUGAUCACAAUCUUAAGAAGAAACGA